GGAGAGGAAGAGAGACAGAAAGAGCCAGAGUUGGAGAGAAAGAGGGGGAAAGAAAAAAGAAGCUGCACUCGGGUUUGCCAGUGGUCGUGCACAGUCUUCCAACAUUUACUCGGUCCUCUUGUUUUUUUCUUCUUCUUCUUUUUCUUCUCCUUCGUCCGCACCGCCCCUCCUUCCUUGUCCAGCUCUCCCUCUCUGUGACUCCUAUGCAGAUCAGAUUUGAACCAAAAGCACGUGCCGAUUUGCCAACCCUUUUUUUUCUUGUGUGUGUGUGCAUGUUUUUUUGUCAUCAAGAUAAUUUUUUCUACAAUUUUUUUCAAAGAAGCUUGUUUUGAUUUUUUGAUUAAUUGGUUCUUUUCAGCAUAAUUGCUUUUAUUUAUUUCAUGCACAACCAGCUCUUUAAAAAUCUAUAUUCAGACAGAGAUAUUGCAAAACUUGUCUUCACUCUCCUUCUGUUGAGCUCUUGAGCAGCACCUCUUGCGCAGGUCUUACUCCAGUACCUCCUGUGUUCCUGRGCUGGUAUUACACUCUGCCUUUUUGGCCUGUCAGAUUCUCCCCCUCCUGCUGCUUUUAUUUGGGAAAUUUUAAGCUUCUGUUUUUCCUUUUUUCUUUCAUUUUUUUCAUUUUUUUUUUUUUUUUUGGUCUUUAGUUUUCCAAAAUCCCAGCGCUCAACAAUACACUACCGGUUCUGCUUUAAAACGUUCUGUGCAAUCGCUGGAGUGAAUUUAUGAUGAAAGAGCAAAAUGGAUGAAUUCCACCCCUUCAUCGAGGCCCUCCUGCCCCACGUCCGCGCCUUCGCCUACACCUGGUUCAACCUGCAGGCCCGCAAGCGCAAAUACUUCAAGAAGCACGAGAAGCGCAUGUCCAAGGAGGAAGAGCGUGCGGUGAAGGAUGAGCUUCUUGGAGAGAAGCCAGAGAUUAAGCAGAAGUGGGCCUCGCGCCUGCUGGCCAAGCUCCGCAAGGACAUCCGGCCUGAGUUCCGUGAGGACUUUGUGCUCACCAUCACAGGCAAAAAGCCCCCCUGCUGCGUGCUGUCCAACCCCGACCAGAAGGGCAAGAUCCGCCGCAUCGACUGCCUGCGUCAGGCCGACAAGGUGUGGCGGCUGGACCUGGUGAUGGUCAUCCUGUUCAAGGGCAGCCCCCUAGAGAGCACGGACGGGGAGCGGCUGGUCAAGUCUCCACAGUGCACCAACCCCGGCCUGUGRGUCCAGCCGCACCACAUCGGAGUGUCCGUCAAGGAGCUGGACCUUUACCUGGCCUACUUCGUCCACACGCCAG